AUUGAAUCUGAUAUCUAAAUGGAAUCCAUUGAUUUUCCAUUUCUCUUCAGUGUACUUGAGCUUACAGCGAUAAUGUUCCCAACACGCAGCCGAAGAAAAGGGGCCCCCUUAUUACCCCUCAGGUUUUUCACCACAUGGUCCCUCCUCGCUUCAUUAACAACAACACUGGCGUUAUCCACCAUCCACAACCCCAAAUACCAAUGCCCCUCCUCCCCACCCCCAGCUCUCACACCACACCAACUCCUCUCUGCCAGCUGCCCCCGUCCCAUCCCUGGUUCACUGACAGAAACCCUCUUUUCCAACUCCAGCUCCCACAUCACCCCUUGGACCCACGCCCCAGUCUGCGAGCUCAUCAAUGGCCUGACCGGUCAAUACUGCACCUACACCAACUCCCACCACGGCCACCGCGGCUUCUCCCUUGUCACCACGCCCUCCCGCGCCGCAGACGUUGCCUCCUGGUUUCUUGACCUCCCCUUGCCCAAACCCUCGGACGGCGCUGAAGGCGAGAAAUACAAAGUCGUUACCAUCCCCGGAAAAGGCAAGGGCGUCAUAGCCACGAAGGAAAUCAAACAAUGGGAGGAGAUUAUACUUGACUAUGCCACGCUCGUGGUGGAUGUUGGUUUCACGGUGGAGGUGAAUGCGUUGAGGGGAUACAGACUGCUGCAUAAAGCGGUCGAACAGAUGGGUGAUGGGGGCAACAGUGUGAUGGAACUGGGGAAAAGCAGCGAGCACGCUCAGGAUGUGGUGGAGAACGUGCUGAGGACAAAUGCGUUUAGCACGAGGGUCGGGGAGGGGGAUUACAUGGCGGUUUAUCCUACUGUUUCGGUGAGUCUUGUUUCGCCCACGGGGCUGUUGAAUAGGGGAAAGAAAAGCAAAAUGCUAACAGCACAUCCCUCCAGCGCCUACACCCGCUUCAUCCAAGAAUCCCUCCAAGUCUCCAUAGCAGCCUCCAAACCCAUCUCCCCGGGCGAGGAAAUCACUAUCUCCUACCUAACCCUAGGCAAAACCUCCUCGGAACGCGCCCACCUCCUCAAAAAAUGGGGCUUCACCUGCUCCUGCCCCCUCUGCACCUCCCCCCCCUCCACCAUCGCCGCCUCCGACGCCCGCCGGAAAGAAAUCGCAAAGCUCCAAGAUCUCGCCAUCCGCGCCUUCCAAGCCAACAAGCCGUACCAAGCUCUGCGCCUGACGAGACAGAUCUUGCCUCUUCUGCCAAAGGAGGAGCUCUUCCCGCUUGAGAGUGAGCAGCUGGAAAAUAUGAGCAGGAUUUACUUUGUGUUGAACGACAUGGAUAAGGCGGAAAAGUACGCGAGGCUGAGUUUGGAGGUGCUGGCGAGGCAGGGGUAUAUCAAGUGGGUGGAGGGGUGGAUGGUGGGCAAGAUGUUUAGAAGGUUUGAGGAGGAGGAGGGGCCUAGGGGGGUGAGGUAUUGAUUGGGACUGUUUUCCUUAGAUGAUUUUCUAGUUUGGGGAUCCCGAGUUUAGAAAAGGUAGUCAAUUGGUGCGGUGAUACUAUGCGUAUAUAAAAUGUGGUGGGUAUCUUGAGAUUACCAUUCCAGGCAUGGUCUUUUUCAAGUUUUGCAAGUCGAGGCUACUAGGGGGGGAUCCUGUCAUGGCCGGCAAAAUGAUAUCACAGGCUUCCUUGGGUGAGUAGGCACUCAGUGCAGGGGCAUGAAACCACAGUUGGGGUACUUUUGAGUCGAAAAUGGUCAGCAGACGCCGUGAUGGCUUCAUGUCGUAUAAUGCCAAGCAUAGACGACAAAGUCCGAGACGAGUGCUCCAGUCCGAACUCAGCCGAGCCCACUGCCGGAGAGGGCUGUCUGUCCGGGGCACGGAAUCGGCAAGCUGCCCCCGGAUGGCCGACCAUUGGUGGCGAUCGGUGGUGGAGUUGGCUGUUGAUCGCGGUAUUGUUCGGUGUAUAAAGAGGCGGGGCGUAUGGGGUCGGGUAGUCUCUGAUAUCUGACCAGUCAUUGCCGUCAGCAUACUCGGGGGAUUAUUCGAUCGAAGAUGGAGUCACGGCAAGUCGCAGAGUGUGGUCGCUUUGCUUCGGAGGGUUGUUGGA